AUGGCCGCGCCCCAGAGGCCCCUGCGCCGAUGGAAUCCCUUCCUCGCUGCCUUCUCCUCCGUCGAUGACGCCAUCGAGGCCGCCGACCCGGGGCUCCUCUCCCGCGACGAGUUCCGGAGAGCGCGGGGACGCGUCGUCGAGAUGCUCCGCGGCGCCGAGGACGACGCGGAGGCGGAGGAGCUCUGCCUCGUGCUCGACGAGAUGAUGGCGGAGUCGCUCCUGACGCUGCAGAUCGUGCCCGUGACGCCGGAGAGGCUGGCGACCACCGAUCUCGCCGAGGUCCUCGGCGCGAUGAGGAAGCACGAGUCGGAGCGGAUCCGCGGCCUCGCCACCGACAUCGUCCGCGCGUGGAGGGCGACCGUCAAGAGCGACAUUGUCAGGAUGAGGUCCGCCCUGGAGAGGAUUCCUCAGAGUCCGAAGCGAGUCGAGACCGGUCCCAAUCUCGAAGCGAAGGUGAAGCAGGGAUCAUCGGCGCCCAAGAAGGCUAUCACCAAUGGCGGCUGCCACGUCAAUCCGACGAAGACCUCAGCGCCGUCGCCACCCAAGAGAAGUGCUCCAGUUGUUGGCGGUGCUCGAGUCAAGACGGACGACAAGGGCGCAGGAGCAAAGCCGAAGGAAUCGGCGCAUCCGGCGAAGAAUCUGCCGGCUGGCAUCAGCCGCUUGGGCGACCGCCAAGAUGGCAUCAAGUCCUACCUCCGUGACCCCGAGAAGCUGGCGGCAUUAGCUGCUCCAAAGCGGAAGCUUCAUGAAGGAUACCAAGAGGAAGAGGAAGCGAAGAAGCGGCGCAAGAUGGCCGACAUGGGCGCAGCAACAAAGCCAAAGGAGCCAGCGCUUCCGCCAAAGAAGGCGCCCGUCCUCGUUUCCAGCGCCGGCCGCCGCGAGAGCAUCGAGCACCGCAAUGAAGACGAGAUGAUCGCUUCCACAACGCGGAAGCUACGUGAAAGCUACCAAGAGGCGGAGGAGGCGAGGAAGCGGCGGCAGGUCCAUAUCAUCGAGGAUCCGAAGAUGCUGAAGCAGAGGCAGCAGAAGAUGCACCCAAUCAUGAGGAUGCGGAGCAGAGCAAGCUCCCCCAGCUCCAUCGGCGAGAAAGAGGCUCAACGUGUCGUCGCUUCGGAGGCGCUAGACCUUUAAAGACUCAGCAGUAUUUACUUAGUUAGCUGUGCAUCCAAAGAUCACAGUAGCUUCUUGCGAUGUAAAUUGACUGUGCAUCCAAAGAUCACAGUAGUUUAUUGUGAUGUUCAUCCAAAUAUCGCCUUAGCUUUUUGUGAUGGCAUGAACCCGCCCUAUGUAAACAGCAA